GAAUCAACGUGAUGUUAAACUUCACAAAGAACAAAAAAAAUUGCUUGAUAAAUUCAUCUUUUUAUUUGAGUAAUUAAUAACCAAGUGUGAUGUGGCUGUGUUGAAAAAUAAAACAUUUCUGAGAAAACGUGUUAAUCAUGAGGUCAUAGAUGAAUCUCACUUUAUUAAUAAACAAAUUGUGUAUGAGGAAAAAUAAAUUAUUUGCAAAGUCAAUACUUGUUCAUAUUUUCUUUUCAGGAUAAAGCAAGAAAAAACAUUCGAGACAAUAAUAAAAUGCGAUAAAUAACCGGAUCAUUAUGUCAUAUGAUAAUAAGUUGGGGGAAGAUAUCUCCUAUAUAAAGACGCAAUCAAUAACGCAGAAAUUAAUUCAAGUGCAAUGGCAAAGUUAAUUUUACUCGCGUUUUUUGUUGUAAUUGUUGUUGUGAUGGGCGCACCAGCUGAGGAAUACGAAUCUUCUGUGGCUGAACAUGAAGUUGAGCAUGUUGAAAAUGGACAUGUUCGUGUUCGUCGUGUCACUUGUGAUUUAUUAAGUGCUGGAAGUUGGUUUCAAGACACUGCUUGUGCUGCCAAUUGUCUUCGAUUAGGAAACAGAGGUGGUCAUUGUAGCAAAGGUGUUUGUCGAUGCAGAAAAUAAAUUUGAAAACUUACUUAAUCAGUAAAAUGUACCAAUGAAUUUUAUAAUUACUAACGAUAAAAUAACGUUUAUAUGUUGACGACAGCAGCAUGAUAAAUUAAUAAAUACUUGAUUAAAUCAGCAUACUAAUAAGUAAUAAUUAUAUUUAAAAAUUAAUAUUUCGAUUGUUUUUAAUGAUGAUUCAUCAACACUUUCAAUUUAUCAACGCAUCUAUCUAUACAAAAAUAGGGAAAAAAAUAAAAUGAAAAAAAAAAAAAAAA